CCAUCAUUCUCCAAGCUUCUCUCCUUUGUAAACCUUCACUCUCUCUCGUUAUUCCUCCACCUCACCCUAAACGACACCGUUUUCACCAUUCUUCUCCCCUCCUCCACGCCGCCAUCGCCACCGCCACUUCUACCACCACCCCAACCGCUUCUUCCACUGCUCUUCCACUUUUACUUAUUUAUGUUUUCGUCUCUCCGUCCUUCAAUUCCUUGCACAUUGCACCCUGACAACGUAGAAUCCCAGGAUUCUAAAUUCUUUAAUAAUUCUGGUUCCGAUUUUCGUGGAGAUAAUGAUAACAGUAAUGCCUUGAAACUGGAUUCUUCCGAGGUUCCGAAUUCGAAUUUUCAAGAGACUGCGAACAGUGAGAGUUCGGGAAAUGAGUUGAAGGUGGAGGAGACGAAUGGUGGGGGCGGUUUAGGUAAAAGUGAAGGGGUGGGUGAGAGUUCGGUAGGAAAUGAGGGGGCAAAGAGUAAAAUUCCUUUGCUGGUGUUUUUGAUGGGCUUGUGGACGAAGAUGAAAAGAGGAAUUGAGAAAAUGAUGACCUGGGAUUGGUUCAGUUGGUGGCCUUUUUGGCGGCAAGAGAAACGGCUUGAGCAGCUAAUAGCUGAAGCUAAUGCUAAUCCGAAAGAUGUUGGCUUGCAGAGCGCUCUCUUAGCUGAACUCAAUAAGCACAGUCCCGAGGCAGUGAUCAAACGGUUUGAACAAAGGGAGCAUGAUGUGGACAGUAGAGGCGUAGCAGAAUAUCUUCGAGCACUUGUUGCUACUAAUGCUAUUGCUGAGUAUCUUCCAGAUGAACAAUCUGGCAAGCCUUCUGCUCUUCCUUCAUUGUUGCAAGAAUUGAAGCAACGAGCAUCAGGGAACACAGAUGAGCCCUUUUUGAACCCUGGCAUAUCUGAGAAGCAGCCAUUGCAUGUGGUGAUGGUUGACCCAAAAGUGUCAAACAAAUCUCGAUUUGCUCAAGAGCUUAUCUCAACUAUCUUAUUCACCGUAGCUGUUGGAUUAUUAUGGUUAAUGGGUGCUGCUGCCCUCCAAAAGUACAUAGGAAGCUUGGGUGGAAUAGGAACUUCAGGUGUUGGUUCAAGUUCUUCUUAUACUCCAAAGGAUUUAAAUAAAGAAGUAAUUCCAGAGAAGAAUGUUAAAACAUUCAAGGAUGUCAAGGGUUGUGAUGAUGCAAAACAAGAGCUCGUGGAAGUAGUAGAGUAUCUGAAAAACCCAUCAAAGUUUACUCGCCUUGGUGGGAAGUUGCCUAAGGGAAUUCUUUUGACUGGAGCACCUGGAACAGGAAAAACUCUGCUUGCAAAGGCUAUUGCUGGAGAAGCUGGGGUACCAUUUUUUUAUAGAGCAGGAUCUGAAUUUGAGGAAAUGUUUGUUGGUGUUGGUGCCCGACGUGUGAGGUCCUUAUUUCAAGCAGCUAAAAAGAAGGCACCUAGCAUCAUCUUUAUCGACGAAAUAGAUGCUGUUGGAUCCACAAGAAAACAAUGGGAAGGCCACACCAAGAAAACAUUGCAUCAACUACUUGUUGAAAUGGAUGGUUUUGAACAGAAUGAGGGAAUAAUCUUGAUGGCUGCAACAAAUUUUCCUGACAUUCUUGAUCCUGCUUUGACAAGGCCUGGUAGAUUUGACAGGCAUAUUGUUGUUUCAAAUCCUGACGUCCGAGGUCGGCAAGAAAUUUUGGAGCUGUAUCUUCAGGAUAAACCUUUGGCAGAGGAUGUAGAUGUUAAAUCAAUUGCCAGAGGUACCCCUGGAUUCAAUGGAGCAGAUCUUGCAAAUUUGGUAAACAUUGCUGCCAUUAAAGCUGCUGUUGAAGGUUUGGAGAAGUUAACGGCCACUGAGUUGGAGUAUGCUAAAGACAGGAUACUCAUGGGUACUGAGCGUAAAACUAUGUUCAUAUCAGAAGAGUCAAAGAAGCUCACAGCAUAUCAUGAGAGUGGUCAUGCAAUUGUUGCUUUCAACACCGAGGGUGCACAUCCAAUUCACAAGGCAACAAUCAUGCCGCGUGGGUCUGCAUUAGGAAUGGUUACCCAGCUCCCUUCAAGUGAUGAGACAUCAAUCAGCAAGAAGCAGCUUUUAGCUCGUCUUGAUGUUUGUAUGGGGGGAAGGGCUGCCGAGGAACUCAUCUUUGGUCAGGACCAUGUCACAACUGGUGCAAGUAGUGAUCUUCACACAGCUACAGAGCUUGCCCAGUACAUGGUAUCAAAUUGUGGGAUGAGUGAUGCAAUUGGACCUGUUAACAUCAAAGAACGGCCAAGCUCAGAAAUGCAAUCACGAAUUGAUGCUGAAGUCGUGAAACUCUUAAGAGAAGGAUACGAACGUGUAAAGGCCCUAUUAAAGAAGCAUGAGAAGGCGUUACAUGCACUAGCAAAUGCACUCUUAGAGUACGAGACACUGAGCUCGGAGGAAAUAAAGCGCAUUCUUCUUCCUUACCAAGAAGGACGGCUCCCUGAGCAACAAGUAGAACAGGCAGAAGAAGGAGAGCUUAUAUUGGCUUAGGCAUGGAUCUUUAUUGGGUCAGGUUUGAGUUUGAGGGAGCUUUGUACAGCAUAUUAGAAGCAGCACAGGUGAUUAUUUAUACAAAUCUGAUGCAAAAUUUCUUCCUAUAUUGUUUUCAUUGUAAAGACGCGCUAUAGGAAUUCUAUUUGUAGGCUGCUAGACUUGGAAACAACUAACUCCCCUGCCCUAACAGCCAACCAAAAAUGGUAGAAAAUCAUGUAUCAUGUGUUCAAUCAUUUGUAGUAUUUGAACCUUUCCCCAUUAUGGGUCAAAUUUUGAAUUAUAGCAAUAAUUUAAGAUUAUAGAAAACCUUUUUUUUUUU